UUUCGUUUAAUUCGUGCAGAAUUUGCACAAUUACUGAUGUUUGCUUAGGCAUAGGCAAUAUUCCUCCACCAGUGUAAACCCCACUCAUUCACAUAUUACACAGAGCAUUUAAUGGGCCCAGACAAAACUACUGCAAAUUAUACUACCCAUGGAUAUACUGAGCAGUCAGAAAAGGACAAAGCUGGUUUUGGAAAAUGGAAAAUGAAUGAUGUAAACAGAUGGAUGGGUAGUUUGUAGAACCAGAUUUUGCAGCAACAGCUUGAUGUAAACAUUUCCUAUACAGUUUUCCUUUCCUUACAGCUGAACUAAAUGUAAUUGAAUAGUUAAUAGCACAGAGGAGAGCAACACCAGCCCUUCAUGACAACAGUCAAUAAUGUUCACUGAGGACAAACACAAUAAAGCCGAAAACUUAAUUCCCUUGCGGUCCUCCAGACACAAAAACCCAAUAGAAACAUAACGCAAUUCAAAAAUACUUUAAUAAUCCCCAAUGGAAAUUAAAUAUAACUCAUACAAAUUUCAGAAUAAAACCAAAUGAAAGGAUUUCUUCUGUUUUGUUUCGUCAUCCUUGUUUCAAAUCAUCAAACAAAUGUAGUUUAUAAAUGUUUUCAUUUAUUAAGGGAAAAAUGCUAUUCAAACCCUCUUAACUGUCCCUCUUGUUAAAUUAUGAGUUAACUGUGAUUAACCACAUUAUUUUGGCUGCUUUACUUGCCUCACCCAGGCCUGAUUGUGUCACAGUGUGUCUCUUGGUUGUGUAUUUGUUUACGUUUUAGUUAGGUGGUUGCUGUCCAGUAUGAUUAGUCUUUGAGUUCCCAUUCUCGUGUCUUAUUUUUUAGGUUAUGUUCAGUUUAUUGUAUGUGGUUUUGAUUCUGUAAUUAGUUACGUUUAGUCAGGUGUUUUUUCUGUUACUGUUUGGUUAGUCCUUAAGUCCUCGUUUCUGGGUUCUGUUUCCUAGGUUCUCUUCUGUUGACUGUGUUUGUAUUAUUAUUAUUAAUUAUAGAUCUGUUCCCCCCGUGUUCUGGUCCCUGGGUGUGUUUACAGUUUUGUUCUUCGUCUAGCUCCUCCAUGUCCUCAUUUGUCCCUAUCUGGUUCACCUGUUCUCUCUGCUUCCCUGCCUCCUUGUCUCACCUGUUCCCUGUUCCUCUGAUUACCUGCCCUGUUAUUUCAUGUCCACCUUGUCUGUAUUUAAGUUUGCCUUCGUCCUUUGUUCCACGCGGUGUCUUUACGUCUCUUCCAUGUCCUUGUGAUAUGUCUCUUUGGAUUUCGUUCUUGCUCUGGAUCCUGUUUAGUUCUAGUUUGAAAUUGCCUUUUAAUCAGGAUUAUCCUGUCAUCCAGCACCUCGCCUGCAUGCGAAGCCACAUUUUUAGCAGAGGACCAGCAGCAGCAGCGGCGGUGUUGGAGUGACCAUGAGGUCAGAGGCCUUAGUACUCUACUUCACGCUACUGCAAAUAGCCGGGGCGGGAUUCCCUGAGGACAGUGAGCCUAUUAGCAUCUCACAUGGCAACUACACUAAACAGUAUCCAGCAUUCGUGGGCCACAAACCUGGGAGAAACAACACGCAGCGGCACAAACUGGACAUCCAGCUCAUCGUGAUCAUGAAUAGGACAUUAUACAUCGCUGCCAGGGAUCAUAUAUACACGGUGGACACAGAGACUGCCAACAGUGACGAGAUCUUUUUCAGUAAGAAAAUUACCUGGAAGUCCAGGCAGGCAGACGUGGAUACUUGCAGAAUGAAAGGAAAGCAUAAGGAUGAGUGUCACAACUUCAUCAAAGUCCUCCUGCAGCAAAACGAUGACACCCUGUUUGUUUGUGGAACAAACGCCUUCAAUCCGUCCUGUCGAACCUACAAGAUGGACUCCUUGGAGGCUCUGGGAGAGGAGAUCAGCGGGAUGGCCCGGUGUCCGUACGAUGCCAAGCACGCCAAUGUUGCACUGUUUGCUGAUGGUAAGCUGUACUCAGCCACCGUAACAGACUUCCUAGCGAUCGAUGCGGUCAUCUAUCGUAGUCUUGGCGACAGUCCGACUCUUCGCACUGUCAAACAUGACUCCAAGUGGCUAAAAGAGCCGUACUUUGUCCAGGCAGUCGAUUACGGAGACUUCAUCUAUUUCUUCUUUCGGGAAAUUGCAAUGGAGUACAACACAAUGGGAAAGGUGGUGUUCCCCCGGGUGGCGAGGGUUUGCAAAAACGAUCGCGGAGGCUCACCCCGCGUCCUGGAGAAGCAGUGGACAUCGUUUCUAAAGUCCCGCCUGAACUGCUCCAUCCCUGGGGACUCCCACUUCUACUUCAACAUCCUGCAGGCCGUGACGGACGUCAUCCACAUCAAUGGGCGGGAUGUGGUGAUGGCCACUUUCUCCACGCCUUACAACAGUAUUCCAGGUUCGGCAGUGUGUGCCUACGACAUGGCAGAGGUGGCCCACACGUUCACUGGGCGUUUCAAAGAGCAGAAAUCCCCGGACUCCACCUGGACGCCUUUUCCUGAAGAGAGGGUUCCCAAGCCGAGACCUGGCAGCUGUGCCGGCACUCCAUCCAUGGAGAGGUACAAGGUAUCCAAUGAGUUCCCUGAUGACACACUCAACUUCAUCAAGAUGCAUCCCCUGAUGGAUGAGGCUGUGCCCUCUAUUGCUCACAGGCCCUGGUUUCUUAAGACCAUGGUGCGGUACCGUCUGACACGCAUCGUGGUGGACAAUGAGGCAGGCCCCCACAGGAACCACACGGUCGUGUUCCUAGGAUCUGAGAAGGGCAUCAUCCUGAAAUUCCUGGCCAUAAUGAACAAAGGCUUCCUCAAUGACAGCCUGUUCCUUGAGGAGCUCAAUGUCUACAACCCGGACAAGUGCAGUAUAGAUGGCCUGGAAGACAAGCGCAUCAUCGGUAUUGAGAUAGACAGCAAGAGUAACACUCUGUGGGUGGCCUUCACCUCCUGUGUGGUCAAGGUGCCACUGUCUCGCUGUGAAAGGCACGGACGAUGCAAGAAGUCCUGUAUAGCCUCUAGGGACCCGUAUUGCGGUUGGGUGUCAGAAGGUGCCUGCCGACCGGUGACUAUCAAUACCAAAUCAGCCUUCGAGCAGGACGUGGAGCAUGGUAACACAGAUGGCCUGGGAGACUGCCAAAAUACAUUUGUGGCACUGAAUGACAUCCCUUCUGGUUAUGAAGGCCACCACCACCACCACCACCACCACACCCUUUCACUUCCCACCUCCGCCCUCCCUGAAGCAGCGGAGGGGCCUCUGUGGCGGAAGGACCCCCCUAUGAGUUCAGACAAAGGGGAGGACCCCUACGUGGCGGUGCCCUCUCAGACUCAACCUGAAGCCAAUGGUGUGAUCCGUGAGAGCUACCAGAAGGGUCGGGACCAGCUCGUUCCUGUGACCCUGUUGGCCAUAGCUGUCAUCUUGGCAUUUGCCAUGGGUGCCAUCUUCUCAGGUCUCAUUGUCUACUGCGUCUGUGACCACCGGCGGCGAGAUCUGGACCUGACGGGUCGCAAAGAGAAGGAGAGUCUCCACCUUCACUCCCGCCGUGGGUCGAUGAACAGUGUGACCAAGCUGACUGGUCUGUUUGAGACCCAGGCCAAAGAUGGCCGCCCGGAGGCAAUCCUCACCCCUUUGAUGCACAAUGGGCGACUAACGUCGAAUGCCAAGAUGCUGAUAAAAGCUGACCAGCACCACCUGGACCUUGCUGCUCUGCCAACGCCUGAAUCCACGCCAAUGCAACCACGCCGUAAACCCAGCCGUGGAAGCCGUGAGUGGGAAAGAAACCAGAACCUCAUCAAUGCUUGUACCAAGGACAUGCCGCCUAUAGGGUCACCUGUCAUCUCCACAGACCUGCCCCUGAGGGCUUCACCUGGGCACAUCCCCAGCGUGGUCGUUUUGCCUCUGCCACAACAUCAGCACCAGCUUCAACCUCAUCUGCAACAGUCCUACCAACAUGAGUACGUGGAGCAGCCCCAUCACAGCGACCUGAGUAUGGCCCACGGCGUCAUGGAUGACCAAGGCGCCACCUUGGAAUACAAGACAGGAAAGAGCCACAUGAUGGAUCCUGAUGGGAUGCUGCCACCUCGUGUUCCCCAGCGUGAGGCGUCCCUCACCGUCCCUCCCGCUGUCCCACAGAUGGGCAAACGUCUGGAGGUCCACUCAUCGGUAUACGGCCUCCGGAAAGGAUCGGCGUCUUCUGCUUCUGGAUCUUCGGCCCUCAGGAAGCACAACACCAACUCAUCCAACUCCUCCCAUUUGUCGAGACAUCACAGCUUCCGUGUGGAGACCCCGCCUCCCGCACCCCAGAGGGUGGACUCCAUACAAAUGACAACGCAAGGCAUAUCGCUGUCUCGGCAGCCUGGAAUGAUCACUUACGGCUCGCUGCCUCGAACAGGGAGCAAACACCUCAAACCUGACGUCCCCCCGAAGCCCUCUGUAGUCUCUCUCUCAACGAAAACAAAGUCCAGUGACUCCGGCACAUAGUCAGCUCAUAACCCCAUUAAACCAGACUGAACGGGCAGAAGCGAAAGGUGUUUUCAGACAGAAAUAAGAAACAGGGAAUAUUGUACAACCUUCAUUUGUUUCAGUGCAUUUGUUUGUUUUUGGUGGAAAUUCACAGAUUUUUUUUGAAUAGAACAAUUUGCUUUUAUAUAAAUAUGUAAAUAUCCAGUGGAUGUUGUCUGUCGUUGAGCUCAGAUCAGCUCCCAGUUUAUCUGUAAACACAAAGAGGAAGUACUGCUGAAAGAGGAAGUGAAGCCAGUCCCGAUUUUUCACAUAUUGGCACCCUGUAGCAUUCAAGAUGGUGGCUAUCCUGUUUGUAGCCUCUGGGAUUUGACUUUAAAUACAUUAUUGUGCCGAUUGAAGUGCAUAGUGAGUGUGCAGGGGUCAGUAGAUAGAGAAUAAUCAAUGUACAGAAGCACUCAGAGAGACUGGCUUCAGACUGAGUCCUUUUGGAAACUGUGAAAAGAGUCUCAGUGUUACAGCAAUCAAGACCUGCUUGGGUUCUGCUCAAAGCCCAGCUGGAAGAAUCUUCUACUGUACUGAACAAUACGUGACUGUUAAUACUAAUAGCCUGUUGUAUUUAUUUUUAUUAAGUGCUUUAAAAGAACAAACUGACUUUCUAGGCUUUGACAGAGAGAGAAGACAAAGAAGACGUCUUUUAAUAGUAAUUAAUCAAGUGAGGAAAACAAAAUAUUUAAAGUCAUUAAACUGGAGCCAGUAGAACUUUUCUUGUAGACUUAAAAAAAGGUCUUACUGCGUGCUCAGUGGGACCUGCAGCUUCAUAUACGACAAAGAGGAGGAGAUAUUUAUUUAAACUGUGCCAGACCAGAAUUUUACCUUUACAGACCAGAGAUUCCAUUGUUUUUGACCAAUUGAGAAGAAAAAAAGAUUUAUAAAAAUCUUCCCUUUUCACUCCUCUGACGAGCACCCCAAACCCCUCCUUCUCCAAUCAGCACUGUGGUUUUUUUUUCGUCUGAGUCCAAAACAUUCGUCCUGAUUAGCUCACUGUUGCAUGUUACACAUAAAAAAGAAGCACUGCAACAACAGUACAGGAAUCAGCAUUCAAAAUGAAGCUAAACGUUGGGACAGAGAGACGUCGAUCCAUCGCGGCGUCACAUGGACAAGCAGGCAGAAAAAAUACUGAAAAAAACGAAAGCAACUUAAAAAAAACUUUUUUUAUCGUCUGCUUAUUUUUCCACAUGUAAAUUUGUGCCUUACACCCUAAAGUAGUGACAAUGCUUUUCUUCAAUAGUAACUUUGUGUCUGUGUUGUAUUCCUUUUUAUUUUGAUUUUCUUAUGUCAUAUUUCUCUUGUUUGAUAAAAAUGCAGUUAAAGAAUGUAGGUGUUAUUGUUGUAAUUCUGGUCCCUUAGACAUUAACACAGUUAACAGGUCAGACAGAGAAGAGGAAGGAGAGAUCAGUUUAUGCUUUUCUUACCCUUUCUGCACACAUACACACAUAUUUGUGGUUCACUUCUGACUGUGCCAUUAACACGCUUCAAGCAGCCCUUCAUGUCAUGUUGGCAUUGUCUACAAUUUCAUUUUUUUAAUACACGUUAAACAUCCUGGUGUUUGUUUAUACUUGUUUAUGUUGUUUGGUGUGAUUACCAGAACAUUUAAGAUUUGUUACUCGUUGAGAAGACCAAGGUAGCUUUCUGGUGCAUUGUAAUAAUAAUGCAAUAACAGCAUCACAACAAGCUAUUGGUAUGAGAUACAACGGGCCCCCAGUGAGCCAACACAGCUCACUGCUCCUUAUAAGCAUUAAUUUCUUAGGCAGUUUCAUAAACAGGCUGGUUCCUGUGAGAAAAGCUUGGAUUUUAAAACAAUAGUGCAAACGUUUCUCUAUUUAACCCCGUUUUUUGUAAGAAAACUAUUUGAAAAAUCCUACUGUUGCUUUUUUAUUUUGCUUCACUGACUCUUCUUAUACAAGGCCUGAGAGUAUGACUUAUAUGACCUCUGCUGUUUCCUUUGAUCACCCCUCACCGAAACACUUAAAUCAGUGGAGCACUGUCCUAGAGUUGUAUGUGUAGAUAGGUCAAACUUUUCUUCACCAAAUCUUUUUUCCUGUUUCUCAAUGGAGGAAAGCCAACAAUGUCUCUAUACACAGCUAAAUUAAGAGAAAUAUUUAGAGUCUAUGAAUGGGUUUAUUUUUUUUUCAUGUGUUGUCUAUAUGCUUGCAGGAUUUGGUUGCAAAAUUAGGUGACAAUAUCUUUAAAGCAUGAGCCAGAACAAAGUUUCUAUAUCAAAACAUGUUUACGGUUUUUCCAGGAAAUACAGUGUCAGGCCACAUUUUUGGCACCCCUGUUUAAAACCAAAAUCAUGUGUAAAAAGGAACCUUUAAAUUAAAUAAGAUUUUAUUGCAAUAGCACGAUCUCACAUGGCACAAAAAACAAUCACCAGGGCUAAUACUGUGUACAACCUCCUUUUGCCACUAGUCUUCUAUAACGUUUAACAAAGUUGGAGCAUACAGAGACAGAGUCUCUGACCAUUCCUCUUCCCACAGUAUCCUAAGAUCAUCCAGAGUCCUAGGUCUUCUCUUAUCGAUGCGACACAGGUCCAAUUUUGUGUCUGUUGGACCAUUUCUGUGUUGAUUUGGCCUCAUGUCUUGGACCUUUAUCCUGCAUAACAAAUUCAGGUAAUUUCCACUAUAUUUUUAUGUAACGUGUUGUUUUAAAUUGUUUUAAAAUGUAACUUGCCCACAGCAUCAAACAUCUUCCAGUUUCCCUAACAGUGGACAUGAGGUACUUUUCUCUUUGCUAUUCUGUAAGAGUGAGCUUUGAAUAUGUAUUUUUUACCCCCCUUCCUUCCAGCCUACCAUAAUGGCAAGAUAAAUAUGGGUUACCAUCCUGCAUUGUUUGUCACAGUUCCAGUUGUUUUAAGCUUUUCAAGCAUGUCUAUGUCUGCAAAGAUAGAAAGGUUAGGCAAGUAAUUCUUGUGACUUAAGAUCAAUACACAUUUGCAUUUCUUGAAAGGCAUGUUCUCUUGUCUUUCCCUUUUUUGAAGGACUCUGUGUAAAAUCAUAUUACUUGUCCGCAGAAACCUAAAGUCAUGGAUGCUCAUGAAAGUAAAACACACAUAAGAAAUACCAAUAAUUGUGCCACUGGUGAUUUUGUUACAAGCAAUUAUUUCCAAAAAUUUAAUUUUUUUUACCACUGAAUUGUGCUGAAAUUAAAGGUUGGAUUUUUCAGAAUUGUUUUAUUAUGAGGUCAUGUUACUACAAUAGAAUAUGAUUUUUUUUUCAAAUACUUUUACACAUUACCAGCUGUGGCAAUGAAUGUGUGUAAGUGGCCCAAGUAUGAAAGGUUUCAUCCCCAACAGUAAUUGGAUACAUGCACAUCGCAUUUUCCCCCAAACUCCAAAUGUGGUAACAAGCGUUUUUCGCAAGCCUAGAAUAUAAAACUGACAACUGGUUCAUAGGUGUUCUGAUUCAUGAAUCUUCAUGUCCACACAGGUCGAGGAUAUCACAUCCUUUCUAGUUGGGAGGGUUAAAAGUCCACUUUUGCGUAGACAGAGGAAUCUGUGGGUGUGUUUAUUGUGAGCAUCAAGCAUUUAGAUGUCAGAGCAGGACUCGAGGAUUUUUCUACAGGCUGGAUUAGGACUGACUGUGUCGGCUGCUGUGGACAGUGAGGUUCUUUAGUGUGUGCCUUUUUUGUCUUUCACCCUUGUUAUAAUUCACUGCUGUUAGAUGCAAAUCAACUCUUGUUGACUUUCUAAACUUUUGAACUUUGUAAGCUUGUAAGAUAUUGUGACGUCACAAAGUUUUUUGCCCUACUCUCUCCACUUCCUUAACAUCUGAUUCACAGCUUAAUGUAUGUUGUAAAGGAAAAAAAAACUCUUUAAUUUAAUGCAAAAUGUAAUGAAAAAAAGGAAAUAAAAUUCUUGUCAUGAAGA